CCAUCGUCUCUCACACUGCCAUGGUCGAAAAACCCAACAACAGCGCUUCCUAUUUUCCACCGGGAGUGAAACUUUAAAGCCUUUUAAAAAAAAGCACAAGUCAUGCUGCUGGACGCUACAACCCCGCGGAUAUAAGCGACACUGAAGACCAGAAAGUAGCAACCACCACACCGAAACCACAAAGAAGAAGCUGUUUUUUUCACGCUCGGAGGGAAAGACGGCAUCCGGCCUGAGAAGAAGCUCCGAGGUCGGGGACUCCGGUCGGAGCAACGCUCAUCGUUUCUGGCCUCCCCUUCCCGAGAGCUCCAUGGAGAAGAUGAAGCGGUUCAAGCGGCGUCUCUCACAGACGUUACGAGGCAGCCACACCAUCGACGAGUCGCUGUCUGAGCUGGCAGAGCAGAUGACCAUCGAGGAAAACGGACUGAAGGACAGCGAGCCCAUAGUGAGGAAUGGUCGUCCUCCUUCGGCCCACAGUGUCCACUCCUUCCUCCACCAGUACACAGGCUCCUUUAAAAAGCCGCCGCUACGACGCCCUCAGAGUGUCAUCGGCGGAGGCCUGGGCUCUCUCAUGGUCAUGCCUCGAAACGGCAGUCGCCUCGAUAUCGUCCAUGAGAACCUGAAGAUGGGGUCGGACGGGGAGAGUGACCAGGCGUCUGGGACUUCCUCCGAUGAGGUGCAGUCGCCCACAGGGGUUUGUCUGCGGAACAGAGGGAACAGACGCAUCUCUGCAGAGGACCUGAACAAACGUCUGUCCCUGCCGGCAGACAUCCGGAUACCUGACGGUUACCUGGAGAAGCUGCAGCUGAGCAGCCCGCCCUUCGACCAGCCGCUGAGCCGACGCUCCCGCAGAGCAUCACUGUCAGAAAUUGGAUUUGGGAAGCUGGAGACGUACAUCAAACUGGACAAACUGGGGGAGGGCACGUACGCUACAGUCUUUAAGGGGAGAAGUAAGCUGACAGACAACCUUGUGGCGCUGAAGGAGAUCAGACUGGAGCAUGAAGAGGGGGCGCCAUGCACGGCUAUCAGAGAAGUGUCAUUACUGAAGGACCUGAAGCACGCCAACAUUGUGACGCUGCAUGACAUUAUCCACACAGACAAGUCGCUCACACUGGUCUUCGAGUACCUGGACAAAGACCUGAAGCAGUACAUGGACGACUGCGGGAACAUUCUGAGCAUGCAGAAUGUCAAGAUCUUUCUGUAUCAGAUCCUGAGAGGAUUGGCAUACUGUCACAAGCGGAAAGUUCUCCACAGAGACCUGAAACCCCAAAAUCUGCUCAUCAACGACAGAGGAGAACUCAAACUAGCUGACUUUGGCCUGGCGAGGGCCAAAUCUGUGCCCACUAAAACAUACUCUAACGAGGUGGUAACACUUUGGUAUCGGCCUCCUGACGUGCUGCUGGGCUCCUCUGAGUACUCCACGCAGAUAGACAUGUGGGGUGUGGGCUGUAUCUUCUAUGAGAUGGCUGCCGGGAGGCCCCUGUUCCCAGGCUCCACAGUGGAGGACGAGCUGCACCUCAUCUUCAGGCUUCUCGGCACUCCCACAGAGGACAGCUGGCCUGGAAUAUCCUCCAUGGACGAGUUCAAGUCCUACAAGUUCCCCAAGUACAAGGUCCAGCCGCUCAUUAACCACGCGCCCAGGUUGGACACCGAUGGCAUCGACCUGCUGAUGUCAUUCCUAAAAUACGAGUCGAAAAAGAGGAUCUCUGCUGAUGAGGCAAUGAGACAGCCGUACUUCAGGAGCCUGGGGCCACGUGUGCACACGCUGCCAGAGAGCAUAUCCAUAUUCACACUGAAGGAGGUCCAGUUGCAGAGAGAUCCUGGCUACCGGAACUCAUCGUACCCUGAGUCAGGCAACGGAAAGAGCAGAAGACAAAGCAUGCUGUUUUAGAUUCUCUGGACUGUAUUUUUAUGUGGGAAGGAUCUCCCAGCUGUACAGUCUCGCCAAUGGAUCAGCAACCCGAGAUGGAUGUUGGCGUGGAGCAUCAUCAUGAUCAUCAUCACUCUCCGCAGCAAGCUACUUGGGAAGCUCGUCCACAGUGCGACCGACUCCCCUCCCCCCACCCCUUCUUUCCAGGUCUGGCCUGAACCUGGCCCAAAAGAGACAUUUAUAUACUGUACAUCUAUAUUUAUUGAGAAGAGAAUUUGCUGCUAAAUCCAACUACUGUCUAGAAUUCUAACGGGCUCAGUCACUUUAAUGAGUACAUGCAAUGUGUAUAGAUAAUGUUUUUUUCUUUGAAGUGGUGGUAUUCUAAGUUAAAUUUUUUUGUCAUUAUUUCCAUUUUCAUACAUAAAAACUCCACCUCAAAGCUCCUCUGUUUGUGUGGGCGUGUAAGGCGCACAGACAGGCAGAGCGAUGUUUCUGUAGCAACUCAAAGGGGUUUGAUUUUCUGUCUCUGUUGCCAGGGUGCCGCUCUCAGCUGCACCCAUCAUUCGUGAUCGUUUACUCUGAAGGCUUUUUGAGGCCAGUUUUGAUAUAACUGAUAAUUUUAUCCUGACUGGAGGCUAAUAUGAGAGCAGUGCUGCCAA